UUUACAUUGGCCUUGCAAUAUGUCCUUGACCCAGGAACAGUGUGAGACGUUCUGGAAAUCCGCGGACAUUAACGUGGACGGCUUUCUGACCAUUCAGGAACUUGCCGUCGCCCUGAGGGGUUACCGCGCCCCAGGGAGCAAACUUACUGACAAGGACAUCGCUUUUAUGUUCAACUCCAUCGACAAGAAUCAAGACCAUAAUAUCUCUGAGGCAGAAUUCUUCGAGGAAAUGAGCAAGCCCCCUCGCUCCCAAACGCUCAAGGACACUUUCAAAGCGUUCGACAAAGACGGAAAUGGUUCCCUGUCUCGUUCUGAACUCGAGGCUGUGGUCCGUGCUUCAAAGUGCUUCAAACCAGAAGAGAUCGAAGCUGCAAUAGCGGAGAUAUUUAACACCGCAGACAUCAAUCAUGACGGAUCUGUCAGUCUUGAAGAGUUUUUGUCUGUCGUAAGCUAACACGCACGUUUCCGACCGAGUCCGAGUCCGCCAUGUUUUGUCACACGUCGUCCGUUUAAUGACGCCUUUACUCGGACAUUUAUUCGGUCUUAAUUGUGGAUUUGUGUUCAUCCCUGGAAGAUAAAAAACGCGCAAUGCGCAUUGUAUCCAUACCGCGAAGUCACUGCGAUCUUGUAAUCCUGUAUGCUUAGCUGCAAAACGCAUCGCG